GUACACACUAUUUUUCUGUUUGUUAAUAAAUGAAUUUUAAUUAAUGCACGAUUGCAUUCAUUAAACACCGUCUACUUAGCGUCCAUCGACAUCAGUUGUCAGUUACGUGUGCGUUCUCAGAAAGAUAGGAUCGUUCCGACUUUUUAUUUUCCUCAGCCACUAACGGUGAAAACUAGCUAGACUAGCUCUGUAGUUUCAGCAUGCAGGUCUUUUCAAAUCACCCAAUCGGACUGCUUCCUGUUGAGGAGAACUAUGAUCCCAGUAGACCUUCAAUUCCGCAGUUCUAUUCCGGCCGGGAUAUUUUCAUCACCGGCGGUACUGGGUUCAUGGGAAAAGUGCUGAUCGAAAAGUUAUUACGAUCGUGCGGAGGCGUCAAUCGGAUUUUCAUUCUAAUGAGAGAGAAAAAACAUAAAACUAUUCAGCAACGGCUCAAGGAUAUUCAGGAAUUACCGUUAUUCGAAUUGCUAAGGAAGCAGCAUCCAGCAGCUUUAGACGCAAUGGUUCCAAUCGCAGGGGAUGUCGCUUUACCUGGACUCGGCAUAUCCGAAGAGGAUGUCCGAAUGAUGAGUAAUGUGUCGAUCAUUUUUCACGUGGCAGCCAGUGUUCGAUUCGAUGAUCCUCUAAGGGAUGCCAUUCUGAUGAAUACUCGUGGUACUAGGGAUGUGAUUCAGUUCUCACGGUCGUUAAAAAAUUUGAGUGUUUUGCUGCAUGUGUCGACAACAUAUUCUAAUCCAGAUCGUUACGUGAUCGACGAACAGAUUUACCCUCCGUAUGCUGAUUGGCGGGAAACAAUCAAAUUGGCAGAACAAUUGGAUGAGGAAACGUUGGACAUCUUUGCGGCAAAAUACAUGGGUUUCCUACCAAAUACGUACGUGUUCACAAAAUCUCUGGCCGAACAGAUCGUCGACGAGUACAAGACUGAACUGCCAUUGAUUCUAUUUCGUCCCUCGAUUGUCAUCUCCUCGAUGCGAGAUCCCAUUCCGGGAUGGAUAGACAACUUCAACGGACCCAUCGGACUGAUGGUGGGUUCUGGGAUCGGAGUUUGUCGUACGAUGUACUGUGAUCCGGACAACGUCUCCGACUAUACUCCUGUGGAUGUGUGCAUCAAAGCGAUGAUUGUGGCCGCGUGGAAAAAGGGAACGGAUGAGAUUCAAAGUAAAAAGAUUGCACCGGAAGACAACGCGACGCUUCCGGUGUACAACUGUUGCAUUUCAAACCUGCGCAACUCGACUAUGGGUCAAAUUAUAGAAAUGGCAAAAAUUUUAAGCAACGAUGUGCCAUUGGACAAUUGCGUUUGGGCACCGGGCGGAGGAGUGACGAAAAUCUACAUUUUGAACUUCAUUCGGUUCAUGAUGUACCACAUACUACCUGCCAUGCUGAUCGAUGUACUGCUCAAAACCGUCGGACGACGUCCAUUCUUAGCGAAACUACAGCGGAAGAUUUACGCGGCUAACGUUGCCCUGGAGUAUUUCAUUUUGAAUAAUUGGGAUUUUAGAAAUCGCAACUUCAUCCAUCUGGCAUCGGAGAUAAAACCGGAAGACAACAAAGAGUUCUACUAUCGAGAUUUUAUCGAGUUCGACAUCACACUAUACUUUCGGAAUUGUAUUCUUGGUGCCCGACGUUACCUGCUCAAACAGAAGGACGAAGAUAUUCCCAAGGCUGUGACUCAUCUGCACCGCAUGAAAUUGCUCGACAAGAUUUGCCAUUUGUUGAUCGUCACCGGACUAUUGUAUCUAUUUUUCAUUAAGUUGGAUCUACUGAGCAUAUUUUUGCAUUUCGUUUCCACAUACGCUAUGCAAUUGAAUUGCUAGUUAGGUUGAUGAUCAGUUGAAUGCAUAUUAAGUUUAAUAAAGCUUUCAAGCAUCUGAGAAAAAUCAUGAAAUCGUGAAA